GUUCAACCGACUUUUUGCCUUUUCAAUUUCAAUUCAUUUCAAGAAUCAAGAUUUCUUCACACAAUGACACCUUGGUUCCGUUCUUCAACACACGGCUGACUUUCCGCAGAAAAGGAACAGCAGAAAAUUGUUGCUUCACCAAAGCUCAAAUCUUUAGCUUCCAUGGAGCCCUUUUAUUACCAUUGAAAACAUCCGAAAAGAGAAAUUACUUCCGAAACCCAAGAGAUCCCAGUCACCAGAAAUGCUAACAAGAAUGUGAGUGUAGUAGAUUAGUUUGGGGAAUGAAGAAGUGGACAGGGGGUGUAGUGAUAUUAGGCCUUGCCCUCAUAUUGCUCAUCAGCUACACGUUUAUCGGAAAACCCGAACCUUCGAAAAAACUAUCCGCGUAUGAUUUUUUCAACCCUCGACCGGCCAAAGCCGAGAAUCCUGAUCCCGUAGCCAAAUCUCCCGAGGUCCCCGAAACAAAACGGCCAAAGCCCGAAUUUAAGAAUUUCGAAGGUUUGAAUGAGCUGUACAUUUUGCGUAAGAAUGUGACGAGGGAAGAAGAUAGUGCAUUGCUCGUGUGGAGAAAAAUGAAGUUUUUAUUUCCGAGAUCGGAUGCAUUGCCUGAGACGGGUCAGGGGAUUCAAGAAGCUGCGGUUAUGUGGAAAGAUUUGAUUUUGAUGAUUGAGAAGGGUAAUAAAAGUGGUGUUGUGAACAAAGCAUGUCCGCAUUUUGUAACUUCAGCUAACAAUGCUAGGUUGUUGGGGAACGAGAGUUUUCUGGACAUCCCUUGUGGUCUGGUCGAGGAUUCUUCUGUUACUGUAUUCGGGAUACCUGAUUUGCAUCGAGAUAGUUUCAAAAUUGAAUUGGUGGGCUCACGAGUCGAGGAGCUUAAUCCUCCAAUCGUGUUGCAUUACCGUGUUAUUUUACCGGGCGAGAACUUGACGAAAGAGUCUGUUAUGAUUCAGAAUACUUGGACUCAAGAAUUUGGUUGGGGCAAGGAGGAGAAGUGUCCCGAUCAUGGCUCGUCUGAUCUUCUGCCGGUUGAUGGACUCGUAAAAUGCAAUACACAAGUUAUUCGAAGAACUACAGAAGACAGUCUAACUACAAAUCAUACUUCAAAUAGAAAAUUUGCUAAUACAUCCGUUAGUAGUACACAUGAAAGUAGUACCUUCCACUUUGUUGAUGGCAACCCUUUUACUGCCACAUUGUGGGCUGGUAAAGAGGGUUUUCACAUGACUGUUAAUGGGAGGCACGAGACAUCGUUUUCCUAUAGAGAGAGGCUCGAACCAUGGUUGGUUAAUAGAGUCAAUGUCAGAGGCAGCUUGAGUAUUGUGUCUGUCCUAGCAAAAGGCCUGCCUGUUGAUGAAGAUUUCGAUUUAAUUGCCAAAGCGCAGGAGCUCAAAAGGGCUAAAUCGAUUUAUUCUAAUAAAAGGCUACAACUGUUGAUUGGGGUUUUUUCAUCGGGGAAUAAUUUCGAGAGGCGAAUGGCAAUACGAAGGACUUGGAUGCAAUAUGAUGCCGUGCGUUCGGGGGAUGUGGCUGUUUGCUUCUUUAUUGGACUUCACAAGAAUAAAGAGGUGAACUUCAAGCUAUGGAAAGAAGCUGAAGCAUACAGUGAUAUGCAGUUGAUGCCGUUUGUGGAUUAUUACAGCCUGCUUACAUACAAAACCAUUGCUAUUUGCAUCCUUGGGACAAAAAUACUGCGUGCCAAAUACAUAAUGAAAAUGGACGACGAUGCAUUUGUAAGGGUCGAUGAAGUUUUGUUGAGUCUCAAGGGAAAGCCUUCAAAUGGACUUUUGUACGGUCAUAUAUCUUUCGAGUCAGCCCCACACAGGGACAAGAACAACAAAUGGUUCAUAAGUGAUGAGGAAUGGCCACAUUCAUCCUAUCCUCCUUGGGCCCAUGGGCCGGGCUACAUAAUCUCCCAAGACAUUGCAAGAUUUAUAGUUCAAGGCCACAAAGAGAGGGAUCUCACGCUGUUCAAGUUGGAAGAUGUUGCUGUGGGUAUAUGGAUCAACCAAUAUGAAACGAGGGGGCAAAAAAUCGAAUACUUGAACGAUGAUCGGUUUUACGAUGCGGGAUGUGAUACGGAUUAUAUGUUGGCCCAUUACCAAAAUCCAAGGAUGAUGCUUUGCCUGUGGGAAAAAUUGCAGAAAGAGCAUAAAGCUGAAUGCUGUGAAUGAGGCCACCCUACAAAAAACUUGUACUUUUUUAGUUUUUUUGAUCACUUUUAAUCUAUUUAUUUAUUUUUUUAGAUUUAAUUUAUGUUUAGGAAAUAGAAUUUUAAUCAUGCCUUGCACCAUACAAAUUUUUUUUUUUUAAUUUUUUUU